AUGAAAUUUCACAAUGAAGCCAAAGCUAAGCACCGUGAUCAUUGUAAUUUUCAGUUAACAGUAUCAGACGAUGAAUUUGUGGUUGAUGAUGCCGGGAAACAUAUGGAAGUCGCUUUACGUCUCGUUUCUAAACUGCAAACAAUUGCAGCUAUUGAGCCUCCAGCUCUGCCGACUGUAUCUGGUUCACCUGUUCUCUCAACAUCACACUCCAUCCCGAGGGUUCCCAGCAGUGGCAAUAAGCACCCCUCUAUGGACAGUUCGUUGUCCAGAAGGAUGCGUGCCGAGAUGAUCGACACCAGGUCGUAUCGUAGCGCCGGUAGUGAGAGGUCAGACGAACUGUCGUUGAGGUCCUUACGGCGUGCUGGCGGUACGUACAAACGUGAGAAGAUGCCCGUUUCGGUGGGUAUCAUUACGGUGAUGAUGUUCAUUGCCGGUGGAGCGAUUUUGUUCGCAGUUUGGGAGGAUUGGAAUGUUUUUGAUGGUGCUUACUAUUCAUUCAUUACGCUCAGUACAAUCGGUUUCGGUGAUAUAGUGCCCGGACAAAGUUUGGGUGAUGGAUCACAAGAGAAGCUGAUCGUGUGCGCGUUAUAUUUGCUAUUUGGAAUGGCAUUGAUCGCGAUGUGUUUCAAGUUGAUGCAAGACGAUGUUGUACAGAAAGCAAGAUGGCUUGGACAAAAAAUUGGAAUUCUCGGUUUUGUUUCAACUCAAAUUUUGCUCAUGUGCACGAUAGACGUUUCAGUGAAAGAGGAUUCUUCUGAGUCGGAAUCCGAAAUCGACGAGGAUAUGGUGUUGGAAGAGGACGAGGAGGACGAUGUGCUUUCUGAUGCAAAAACUGAUCAGGAUAAAAGAACAAUGUCGAGUGGAUCGUCGAGACGAGAUGAAGAGGAAAUGCGUCAUUUGGGCCGUAUGGAACGACGAUAUCAGUCCAGACGCUGA